UCUACAACAUUUAAUAUUCAUAUGUUAACCUAAACAUUUACAAAUAGCCUACAUUAAGAUCAAGAGAUUGCAUCAGUUUACGCAUUAGCCUAUUUUGAUUAAUUAGCAUUAGCAUUAAAGGCCAUUGUUAGUUUAUAGCUAUAGGCUAUUAAAUGUUAACAAAUGAGAUUUAUUAUUGUAAAGCGGCACCAAGAAAUCAUAUUAUUUAAAAUUAGUGUUUAAAAGUUGCAGUUUUUUCCCAAACUCUUCUUAGAUGGACGAUAAUAGGCUAGAUCAAACUCCUGUCGAUUCGUUCAGUUCGACUGAAUUCAACCACAAGUGAAAUGGAAGGAAAGAGUCAAAGGAAGUGUUUUUCUGCAGUUUCAUCUCGAUGUUAUCAGUGUUCCCCUAAACCUGUGAGAAACUGAGACAGAAACCACAGAAGCCCAGCGUUUCCAACAGCAUGCGAGCAUUCAGUCCAUCAAACCGAAUGACAACAUGUCCGGCAGAAGAUCUGUGUGUGUGUUGAUCUGUGUGUUCUGCAUCUGUUGUGCUUUGAAGAGAAAGCCUGUUUUCAGCAUUCAAGAGCUCACGGUGACUGCGAGGGACCUGAAGGAUUGUGGGAAGAAUGUGUGUGUGAUGUCCAGUGCCGACUGUCCCGCAGAAUCAGAUGUUCUCACUGCAACUCCUGAGAGAUUUGUGAACACGUCAUGCCACUUUCUGUCCCAUGAGGAGUCGAUCACCUGCAGGUGGAUUCAGAUGAACGACGUCCGAACGGAAACCUUCAUUUUCAGAAGAACUGACAUCAAUUGUCCUUCCAUUUUACAUUUAUAUUCACAUUUCAAUUUAACCAUCAAGUCAAAGAGCAUCGUCAGCCAGAAAGAGUGGUUCUCUGAUGUCUAUCCAGUGAUCAUUAAGGAAAUUGUCCAGGCUCCUCGGCCGGUGAUCACGUCUGUUAAUGUCACAGACUCGUCAGUCAACGUCACAUGGAAUGGCGGGAGAACAACUAAAUGCCGAAUCCGCUACAAACGUCUCAACACAGAUUCAUGGACAGAGACUGCAGAUUUUCCCGCCUCAGAGGAGUCUCUGUUCAUGAUUGAGGGUUUACAGGCCUUCAGCGAGUAUCAUCUGAGCAUCUCCUGCGUUCAAGAUCUCAGCCGGUGGAGCGACUGGAGCAGCGAGACACGAGUAAAGACGUCCGAGAGCCCGCCGUCUGCGCCUCUCUCGCUCAGUUAUCACGUGGCUUCAGAUGUAAACUCGGGGCUUCGGCAGCUGCUGCUUCUCUGGAAGGCUCUGGACGUCACAGAUGCUCGAGGACUCAUUCGAGGGUAUGAAGUGUCCUACAUGCCCACCAAACAGCCCUCUCUGAAGAAAACCAUCCACACCACUGAGCUCAAGGCAGUGGUUCUGGUGCGGGCAGAGGAGUACGAGGUGACCGUGUGGGCUUAUAACGGCGCCGGACACUCGCCUCACCGCCGCCUCCUCGUCGACGCGUCUCGUUCUCACGAUGUGCGGUCAGUGAAGUCUCUCUGGGUUUACUCUGACGGCUCGUCGCUGCGGGUCCGAUGGGGUCGUGACAUCACUGAUGUAGAGGUCAGCGAGUUCGCCAUCGAAUGGAGCGUCGUCAAGGACCCCAAACACGCAAACUGGCAGCGAGUCGACGGGUCCACCUUCACGACCCGUCUCACAGGCCUGAAACAGGAGGAGAACUACACCAUCAGUGUGUUUCCCGUGUACGGCUCUGUGUGUGCGCCUCAGACCUCCAUCUCGGCCGAUCUGCAGCACGGAGCUCUGCUGGACGUGGACGAGUUUCGUCUGGUGAACGUGUCGCGCUCGUCUCUGACGGUGAGGUGGACGUGGAAGCAGACGGAGCCGAGAGUAAAAGUGCUUCAGUACAAGCUGGUGUUGAGCGGAGAACAUGGAGCUGAGUCUCUCUCAGUGUUUCCAGAUCAGCAUCAGCACUCGUUCCACCAUCUCCAUCCUGACAGCAGAUACUCCGUCUGCAUACAUGGAGAAACUGCGAGCGGGAACUUCACAAAGGCCAGUCUGGACGUCAGCACACCACUGAGAGAUUCGGAUGAGUGGACGAGGUUUGCCGUUCCAGUGGUCCUGCUCCUGGUGUUCGGGAUAUUCUCGGUGUCGUCAGUGACUGUAUACAGGAAACACUUCCUCCCUGUCGUCGCCAAUCCCAGGUUCAGUCUGAUCGGACGCUGGCUUCUCAACCCGCAUCUGCAGGGCAGCGGACGGAUGUGUGUGCUGAAGCUGGAGAGUGUGUUCCCGCUGGACCAGCGUGAGAAGAGCUUCAUAUACGUGGAGCGGCGCGAGUCUGUGACAUCAGAACAUGAGGACACGCCUCCUUCGAAGAUCCCCACGAGCCCCGCCCCCAGCCCGCCCGAGUACGUCCAGUUACCCCUAUUAGCCGAUCGCUCCGAUUAUGUUCAAAAUGGACAAAUUGUAUUUCAGUUUUCUGAGAAACCCUCAGACUGAUAUCUAUAUUUCCCGACUGUGAUAAACCACGAACGCUUUUAAUCUCGUCUCAAUCGACUGUAUCAGAAGAAUCUCACACAACUUUCACGUUUGCAUGUACUAUAUAACAUUUGAUGUAGUUGAAUUAAUUGAAUUAAAAACAAGAUUAUACAACUACAAAAAUCUUAUUUUAAGUUGCUGUAAUUUUCUAUGUUGCUUUUUUGAACUUUUUUUUUUUUAUAAUUUUUCGCUACAAAAUAAAUUCACAUUUUAGUUUAAUUGGCUCUUAAUUGUAUAGCGUUUUUCAUACUCUUAAUCUAACAAUUCUAACUUUUUAUCUCGCUCUUGCAAAUUUUUAUCUUACAAUUUAGACCUUUUUUCACAAUUACGAGUUUAAAUCUCACAAUUCAAACCUUUUUCCAAAGAAUGUGAGAUAUAAAGUAACAAUCACCUUUUUAAACUCGUAAUUGCAAGUUUACAUCUCGCAAAAAAAAAAAAAAAAAGUCUUGAAUUCAGUUUUUUCAAAUAUAAGGCCAUAUUUAAGGCUUUAUUUUAAUUUAUUUUCUUUGAAGAGCCAUGAUUUCCAAUAGUCUUUAAUCAAGGAAGCUUUAUUUUAAAAGUGGAAAAGUCAUGGAAAUGAAUAAAAUCGUAUGUAAAAUGUGUAGUUCCAUGGGAAUUUUUAAAAUAAAUGCACAUUUUUCUAAUCAUACCAAGCUCUAGAAAUCUUUAAUCGGGUAUAAGUUAAGAG